AAGGAAAAGAGUGGCGCAGGUGGCGCGCGCGCGCUCUGCCCUUUUUUUAAAGGGCUGCUGCUGCUGCUGCUGCAUUUCCCCCCUUUGCAAGCAAGGAAAGCGCGCAUUGUGCAAGUGAACGUGGGAAUGCAUGCAGACGCGUGUCUGUAGCAGCUCCACACGUUUACAGCUCCCUUUUCUCAAGCCAGACAAAGCACCCCCCAUAUAUAUAUAUAUAUGGGUAGUGUUAUGUCUCCUCUCUUCCCUCUUGCCUUUAGCAUCACUGCCACUGCUCUGGCUCCCAAAGUGCCACAGAAAGGACUUUGCCCAAAGGGCUUCCCCUUGCCCUAGAGUCGUUUCCUGGUGGAGCUGUGUUUCCUCCUCCCACACCCCUCUCUCUCAGAUACAGACACACACAGAGCCCACAGCAAGCCCUGGUGACGCCCACUGCUGCCUCCCUCCCUCCCAGGUCCAUGGCAUCUCCUCUUCUUCCUCCUCCUCCUCCUCCUCCUCCUGAGCAGCAGCAGCAGCAGCAGCACUGGCAGCAAGGCAACGGCCCCAUCUGUGAGUCUGCAGCAGAGGACUGUGCAGACAUGAGCAGCAGGAAGGUGGCCCUCAUCACAGGCAUCACUGGACAGGAUGGCUCAUACUUGGCAGAGUUCCUGCUGGAAAAGGGCUAUGAGGUGCAUGGAAUUGUUCGUAGAUCGAGCUCUUUUAAUACAGGACGGAUUGAACAUCUUUACAAGAACCCACAGGCUCACAUAGAAGGAAACAUGAAACUACAUUAUGGUGAUCUCACAGACAGUACUUGCCUAGUGAAGAUAAUUAAUGAAGUGAAGCCCUCUGAAAUUUACAACCUUGGAGCUCAAAGCCAUGUCAAAAUAUCUUUUGAUUUAGCAGAAUAUACAGCUGAUGUUGAUGGAAUUGGCACAUUACGAUUGCUAGAUGCUAUCAAGACAUGUGAUCUCAUAAACUCUGUGAAGUUCUAUCAAGCCUCAACAAGUGAACUUUAUGGAAAAGUUCAGGAAAUACCCCAAAAAGAGACCACUCCUUUUUAUCCCAGAUCACCAUAUGGUGCAGCCAAACUGUAUGCAUAUUGGAUUGUGGUGAACUUCAGGGAGGCCUACCGUCUCUUUGCUGUAAAUGGCAUUCUUUUCAACCAUGAGAGUCCCAGGAGAGGAGCUAACUUUGUUACUCGGAAAAUUAGCCGUUCUGUUGCUAAGAUCCACCUUGGGCAACUGGAAUGUUUCAGUUUGGGCAAUCUGGAUGCCAAGAGAGACUGGGGCCAUGCCAAGGACUAUGUUGAGGCAAUGUGGCUAAUGCUGCAGAUGGAUGAGCCAGAGGACUUUGUAAUAGCUACUGGAGAGGUACACAGUGUCCGUGAAUUUGUGGAAAAGGCAUUUGAGCACAUUGGGAAAACUAUUGUGUGGGAAGGCAAGAAUGAAAAUGAAGUAGGUAGAUGCAAAGAAACUGGCAAGAUCCAUGUGACGGUUAAUCAUAAAUACUACAGGCCAACUGAAGUGGAUUUUCUACAAGGUGACUGCACGAAAGCAAAGCAAAAACUCAAAUGGAAACCCAAAGUCACUUUUGACGAGCUGGUAAAGGAGAUGGUGAAAGCAGAUGUGGAACUCAUGAGGAACAACCCCAAUGCAUGAAUCUGCUCCUUGUUCCCUACCUGCACAGUCCCUCACGGCUGAGGCUCCAGGAAUGAGGCCCGAUUAUGAAUCACACAGCUGACAUUCAUGGGGAUGGGGAUGACAAUCACUUCUGGGGGUGUUGGAUGAUUUGCUGCCAUUUUAUUUCCCUGUGCUUGUGCAAUGGAUGGGUUUUCCUUUCCAAAUCUCAACCAUGCAUCAUGGCUUUGAAUUCCUUGCAAAGGGGUAGGAUGAAAUGGUGUUGUUUUUUCUCCCGAUGUGUAGAUAAGAAGGUGAAGGUUAGCUUACCAUUCCAGAUCAUUUUCUUUUUAUAUUAAAUACAUAUUUCAUAUGUUAAGAUGUCACAGGGCAUUUUUAAUAAAGUGAAGGGGGAAGGGAUAGAAUGGGGAGAGAAUGAGUUGCACUUGCAUUCCAGAGUUAGGGGACAUGAAGGAAAGACCUGGAAAAAAAGAGUUUCCAGACUACUGGAUCCUGUCACAUUUAGGUUUAUGUGCCCAACGGAAUCAUAUUAAAUUCUGAACAUUA